UUUCUGCGUGGUUUCUCCAGAUCUUCAUCUGCCUUUCUCCGAGCAUCUUCGCCAGCGCCACUGAUAUGGAGUGAUCUUCCAAUUCCAGUCUAUCUACCUUUAAUCUUCUCUUCUUUCUUUUCUUGUAUGCAUAGGCAUGGCGUUGAGGUGCUGACCCGGAACACUCAUUGAGAUUAUCACCCAUAAUAAUUAUUUUUGGACGCCACGAAUCAUCGCUGCUGUCGCCAUGACUAUUCCUGCCCUUUUGACGGCGCAAAGCUGCGUCGACCAUGUGCAUCUUGUCCUGGGCUCUGGACCACUUGCAGCAUCCAGAUGUGCCAAGUCGCUCGAAGUUGGUGCUCGGCCUGUGGUCGUGAGUCCAGAAGCGGACGACGUCCACUUCACAUUGGCGAAAGCAAUCGAGGAUGGCCGAGUAAAAUGGGUGCAGCGCGAUUUUCAAGAGCAGGAUCUGAGUACACUCGGAAGAGAGGAGGUGGAUGGUUAUGUCGAUGCUGUGUUCGUCACAUUGCCUUCCAAAGCACCAGAAAGCAUCCACAUUUCGCAUCUCUGCAAGCGCAUGCGCAUACCCGUCAAUGUGGUCGAUGCUCCUCAACUUUGCACAUUCACCCUGCUAUCCACCUACUCAGAUGGGCCUUUACAGAUUGGGAUUACGACCUCCGGCAACGGCUGCAAACUGUCCUCCCGCAUACGGCGCGAAAUCGCCUCUGCAUUGCCACCAAAGUUUGGCCCGGCGGUGGAAAGGCUAGGAACAAUGCGUAGGCGGAUAUGGGAGGAGGAUUACAAAUCGCAGAACAUUACGGACGUGGCCGAUGCCGAAGUUGAAGAUGAGGAAGCUGCCGGUCAGAGACACACCUUCAACGCGCUCGUGAAGGAGGACGACAGAGACCCUGCAGUUCUCCGAACGCGCCGAAUGAGAUGGCUUUCUCAGAUCUGCGAGUAUUGGCCAUUGAGUCGACUUGCAGCGAUCACUGAUGCGGAUGUCUCGGCAAUCCUUGGUGCGUACAAGGCCUCCGCACAGCCGCCUGCACCGGACUCAAAUGAGCCAUGCGACCUUGCUCCCGCUUUACCGGCCAAGAAAGGUACCAUCACACUCGCUGGGUCUGGCCCCGGACAUCCAUCGUUAUUGACCGUCGCCACUCGAAAUGCAAUCGAGAGCGCCCAUUUCAUCCUUGCCGACAAGCUCGUACCAGCCGAGAUCCUUGACCUGAUCCCACGCCGAACACCUGUACAUAUUGCGCGAAAGUUCCCGGGAAAUGCAGAUGCUGCCCAAGAAGAGCUCCUGCAACUUGGCCUGGACGCAAUGAAACAAGGGAAAGAUGUACUUCGCCUGAAACAGGGUGAUCCAUAUUUGUAUGGCCGUGGGGCUGAAGAGCUAUCAUUUUUCCGAGAACGAGGCUACGAAGUCCGGGUGAUACCGGGCAUCACAAGCGCUCUAUCAGCACCUAUGUUCGCAGAGAUUCCUGUCACCCACAGAGCUGUGGCGGACCAAGUGGUUAUCUGUACCGGCACCGGGCGAAAAGGCGCAGCUCCAGAGCCUCCCUCGUAUCGCAAGAGUAAAACGGUGGUUUUCCUGAUGGCUUUGCAUAGACUGGAAAGUUUGGUCAAGACCUUGACAAGAGUGUCUGACGAUCCGGAGACGACAACACCGCAUGCUCGCAGGUUAUGGCCUUCCAGCACUCCUUGUGCGGUGAUAGAACGAGCAAGCUGUCCCGAUCAAAGAGUGAUCCGCUCUACGUUGGAGUAUGUGUGUCAGGCGGUUGAAGAGGGGGGGUCAAGACCUCCAGGACUACUUGUGGUGGGCCACGCCUGUGAGGUGCUGCAUAAGCCUGUCGAAGACAAGAGGUGGAACGUCGAAGAAGGGUAUCGGAAUCUAGACGCUGCUGGGUCUUCUGUUGGCGAACUGAACAUUUUGAAGGAGUUGGAAAACGUGUCUGUGAAAAGCGACUGUUGACGUUUAGUCGACUUCCAUCCACUUGCAUGUCCAGGUCUUUUAGCGAAAGGAGUCGGCGGAAGGGACAGGCGAGAUCGUGGAAAUGAGAGCAGAUAUAUCACUUGCAAAACCCGCUGUAAGCCGACAAG